AUGCGGUUCAAAUUAUUUAGCAAAUCCAAGAAAUCUCACGUAAAUCAAGCAGAUUCGCCCAGAUCUUCAGCUUCCUCUCUUCAGGAAGCAGAAACAUGGGAUGUACUCAGUCCCCUCAAAGCGGCUUGUAAAGCAACCCAGACGAUUAUCGGCGUCGUUCAAGGCAUAAAGAACAACCAAGAAGAUUGGUCGGAGAUUAUACAGCGUCUCCAAGACUAUCUUUCGGCUAUCGAGGAACAAAUCACCCUGCUCAAACGCGAGAAUACUAGUAGGCCGCUCGACGAGGCAUUUUGUCGACCACUCGCCCGUUAUGUCAAGAUCGUUGACCGCACGGAACGACAAAGAAGCAAAUCACUCGGAGGUUUCGCAGAAAUCAGUACCAUCAAGAUUGACGCCGGGGACAUCCAAAGAUUCAAUCGAGAUAUCGAGGCUCAGCACAGGCAGUUUAUGGAUGCAUUGAAUGUCUAUACUGCAAACCGCGUUCAAGUCAUUCAGCACGACACCAAAACCAUCAAGGAAACCAUGUUGACAGAAGCCGACUAUAAUACUAUACUCCAGAUGCCAAUGGUUGCUUCUGCUGCUUCUUCUGUUCACAAUGCUUGUCUCAAGGGAACCCGCCAGGCUGUCCUACAGGAAAUCGGGCAUUGGGCCAGAGAGGAGACAUCAGAAACGCCCACUUUCUGGCUCUGUGACAUAGCUGGCUCUGGUAAAUCAACCGUCGCAAUGUCGGCUAUAGAACAUUGGAACGCGGAAGGGAUCCUAGGUGGCACCUUCUUCUUCUCCAUGUCGAACAGCGAAUCAUCCACUACCGACAAGCUUUGUUCCACCAUUGCCAGAGACUUGGCUCAACACCUUCCCGAGCUCGGUUCAUAUAUCGCCAAAGCCUGGAAGCAAAACCCUUCGAUCCAGCGAAGCUCGUUCAAUGAACACCCACUCCAGUAUCAACAAAAGCGAGUGAUUCUCGUCGUAGACGCCAUGGACGAGUGCAAGUCUCGACAACAGCGACAAGAACUUGUAGAGACUCUCGCUGCUGCGGCUCGGGAGAGCAAGAAUUUUCAAAUAAUCAUCACCAGUAGCCCAGACCAUGUCAUCGAAAAGGUGUCACAACCUCUUUCGAUCAAAUUCAAGUUGACAGACCGCCUCCACGAUACGAUCCAUCACGAUAAUAUCGAUGAUAUUGCGACUGAUGUCCAUCAAUCACUCGACGGACUGCUGACCCAUGAUGAGAGGCGGCGACUGGUCAACAAGGCCAAUGGGCUGUUCAUUUGGGCGAGCACUGCAUGCCGAAUGCUGGAUGAUGAAUCUUCUCCAGUCAAACUCAAGGUUGUAUACGAUCGGCUAAUGUCAAUUGAUCAACCUGGAGCGAUCGAUGGCGUAUACGACCUGGUCCUGGAGCGCAUUGACGAAAGGUUCAAGCUGAUUGUCGAAGGUUCACCCUUUGACUCUUAG